CGUGGAUCUAUUGCAAUUCUAGUAUUUUGCAAGAACAAUUAUUGAUUCAAUUGUCUAGAAUUGUACCGUGUACAUGGUUGUGUUGAAGCAUUUCUUGGCUUUAGAAGAAGCAGAAACUGUCGUGAUUCGGUUCACAUCGUUUAUUUCAACCGAAAAGUACACAUAGCAGUUGUCAACCUUACUGGUUUAUUGCUCAGAAAUGCUUAGAAACCCGCUUGGAGGGAUGCUCUUCUUAUUAAUAUUAUAUUUGAGCUCUUUUCUCGGAAUUAUUUUCAUUCUUGGACCGUCGCUGCCGUUAAUGUUGAUCAAGCCAAAGUGGUAUCGAUGGUUCAGUGACAAAGCAAUAGCUCUGUGGCUGAUCGUUGCUCCGGGAUUGCUCGAACUUGCCCAUGGUGUAAAAGUUGUGAUAUCGGGUGAUAAACCAAUUCGCAAUGAUGUGGCAUUAAUUGUAAUGAAUCAUCGAUGCUACUUUGAYUGGAUGUUUUAUUGGAGCGUAUUAGUGCGUUAUGGAAAGUUGUGCUAUCUCAGAGUGGUGAUGAAAGACAUCCUGAAGUAUAUUCCUGGUAUUGGUUGGGGGAUGCAAGGUGCAAUGUACCUCUUCUUGAAAAGGCGUUGGGAACAAGACGAAGAAUACUUAAAUAACGUGUUGGACUACUUCAAAGACAUGAACUAUCCUAUACAACUCAUGAUUUUUCCUGAAGGGACAAAUUUAGACAAUUAUAGCCAACCACGAAGUGACAGUUAUGCUCGUAAAAAUAAUCUCCCACUUUACAAACACGUUCUCCAUCCUCGUGUGCGUGGAUUUGUCCACUGUAUUGAGAAGUUGCGCAAAGCAACACGAAGAAUUGAUGCCGUUUAUGAUGUUACCAUUGGCUAUGACCAAGAUUAUUGCUAUCGAGAAGUGGACAUUGCUAAAGGGAACUUUCCCAAAGAAAUCCACUUUGAGAUAAAGCGUUAUCAUAUCAAUGAAAUGCCUACUGAUUAUUCUGAACUGGAACAAUGGCUAUGCCAAAGAUGGGCAGAAAAAGAAGAACGAUUAGCUAGGUUUUACAAAAAUGAUGAAGUUGGUUUCUGCGCGCCUGGAGACGAACUUGUCCAAGAUUCAACCGAUAAGCAGGAGUCAACAGUGAAAAAACAGAUGAUUUUUUCAGUAAUUUUCUUUAUUUUUGUUAUAAUUGCUUGUUUUUAUAUUUUGUAUAGAUUUGUGUAUGCUAGAUGGUAUAUGGUUGUGUUGAUAUGUAUGUAUGUCAUUCAGUGUUUCAUAGGUUUUGGUAUGGACAGAGUUCAACUAUGGAUUCACAAUCGCUUUGACAAAGAUAUUUAGUAAUGUCUGAAAGGAUGUUUCAUCUAAAAAGCGAUUAGAAAACAGAAUGGAAGUUUAGGUUUAUAGUUAUGCGAAAAAAUAGCUACUGCCGAUUAUAUUUUAGCCUUUGGGCUGUUCGCUGUUGUUUGGUUUUUGGUAACUCUGCUGCGCGUACGUGAUUGUCAUACAGUCAGACGUUUUGCAACGCUUAACAUUAAUGUUAUCUAGACUUGAAUUCCGUAGUAGUAAUUAACAAUAUUGCAAAAGGUGGUUUUCCUAAACCCGCAAAAUAAAUUUUAUUAAGAAUGCAAUAAUUAGUCUACAUAAUGCUAAUUAACAAAUAUCGCAGGCUCUCGAGUCAGUCCUCUUAUUCACAAUGAUGUUGACAUAAUUCUCAAAACUCAAGUGGCUUUACUGCAAGGUCUUGAGCAUUUUAUAACGUCAAUAGUGUGUGAAUAAGAGGUCAUCAAUCGUAUAAACCACGAGAAUUUUUUAAGCGCAUUUUUAUUUAAAAAAAAAAUGCAGGAGACGUGGUGGUGUCAGCAUAGUUUGUAUGUCUGUUAUUGACGCACUAAUCAGCCAAUUAGCGUGCGAGAAUUCACACAAGUGUGGCAAAAAGAUGGGCUCCUGACACUGUCAUUUUUCUCGGUUACCAAGAAGUAAUCUUCUGAAAAUGUCUUUCGUUCCAGAAAUAAUGAAAGAAACGAGUGACAGAAGAUUACCCCAAAUACAACAGUAGUUAAGCUUAUGAUGUAUGUAUUCUUUUUCGCGCGUUAGAGUGAUUUCCGCCAUGGAACAGCUUUCAAUCAUUAAAAUGUAUAGUAAAAAUAAAAUAUUGAUUUUCCAAAGCAGACGAAAAUCGCUCUAUUUUGAAUCAGAAAAAUAAAAUGCACUAAAGUCCA